GGGUGGGAAUUUUCUGCAAAGGCCACUCACUUGCAUUCAAAUGCAAUGCAAAUUACUGGGCAAACCUAGCAAUACAUUGAACUGCUAAAAAUAAGUUCUUCUCUUCCAAUUACAUGAUUGGAACCCAGAAGAACACCUAUAACAAAAUAGGAUUUUUCAAAGAGCUUUUACACCCAUUAUCCUACAAAAUAUUUAUGAUAAGCCUGUGAAGAUAAAGUAAUUAUUACUUUCCACCUUUGCAAGUGAGAAAACAGGCAGGGAGAGUUUAAUACAAUUAGUGUCACAGCUGAUAAGAUAUGGAAUGGCUUUUACUGAGAGCUAGAGGCAGGCAAAUGACUUCUCAGAUCUGCACCUCGCCCCCUAAGAAGACUUCCCUCACUGGUGACAUCCUAAAGAGGCAGCUAUAAUGGAGGCAACAUGUCCGCCUUGGCAUCUUUUCCUUGACCACACCCUUCCAGUACGCCUCACAGGAACCAAGUAUGCCUGCGGAAGAGGAGGCUGUGGUGCCUGCACUGUGAUGGUGUCUAAGCAUGACCCCAUGUCCAAGAAGAUAAGACACUUCUCCAUCACCGCAUGCCUGGUGCCCAUCUGCUCUCUAUAUGGAGCUGCUGUCACCACUGUGGAAGGUGUUGGAAGCAUCAAAACCAAGCUCCACCCCGUGCAGGAAAGGAUCGCCAAGAGCCACGGCACCCAGUGUGGGUUCUGCACCCCUGGGAUGGUGAUGUCCAUCUACGCGCUGCUCAGGAACCACCCGCAGCCCUCAGAGGAUCAGCUCAUGGAAGCCCUGGGAGGACUGACAAUAGGUGCUGGCUGCAGUCUCGCCCAGGUGAAGGACAUCUUGGCGGAGAAGGUUUCUGAGCUCCCAGAGGAGAAAACUCAGACAUACCGAGCCCUCCUGAAACACCUGAAGAGCCUGGCGGGCCAGCAGAUCCGGAAUAUGGCAUCCUUAGGGGGACAUAUCAUAAGCCGGCAUUACUAUUCGGAUCUGAAUCCAAUUCUGGCUGUCAGCAACACUACUCUCAAUCUGAUAUCGGAAGAAGGUACACGGCAGAUUCCUCUAAACGAACAUUUUCUUGCUGGGUUGGCAAGUGCAGACUUUAAGCCAGAAGAAAUUUUGGAAUCUGUGUAUAUCCCUCACUCUCAAAAGUGGGAAUUUGUGUCAGCCUUCCGUCAGGCUCAGUGCCAGCAGAAUGCCUUGGCCGAUGUGAAUGCUGGCAUGAGAGUCCUCCUCAAAGAAGGCACAGAUACCAUUGAGGACCUGAGCAUCGCCUACGGAGGGGUUGGGGUGACCACCAUCAGGGCACACAAAUCCUGCCAGCAGCUCCUGGGGAGGCGCUGGAAUGAACUGAUGCUAGAUGAGGCUUGCAGGCUGCUUCUGGAUGAAGUCUCCCUCCCAGGCUCAGCUCCAGGGGGAAGGGUGGAAUUCAAGCGGACUCUGGUGGUCAGCUUCCUCUUCAAAUUCUACCUCGAAGUUCUGCAGGAACUGAAGAAGCGAGUGAAGCUGUUCUCUGUGCCUGACUGCCUUCAUUAUCCUGAAAUUUCAGACCGAUUCCUAAGUGCGCUAGAAGAUUUCCCGGUCACAGUACUCCAGGGAGUCCAAAGGUACCAGAGUGUGGAUUCUCGCCAACCCCUCCAAGAUCCAGUUGGACGUCCCAUCAUGCACUUAUCGGGUCUUAAACAUGCCACAGGUGAAGCCAUAUUUUGUGAUGAUAUCCCCAGGGUGGAUAAAGAACUUUUCAUGGCAUUGGUGACCAGUACCAGAGCCCAUGCAAAAAUCAUAUCAAUUGAUUUGUCUGAGGCCCUUGAACUACACGGAGUGGUUGAUGUGAUAAAAGCUGAAGACAUUCCAGGCACCAAUGGUGCUGAAGAUGACAAAUUGUUGGCCGUAGAUGAGGUAUGGAAUAUGCCUGCCCAGGUGACUUUGUGCAGACAAUCACCAGACAGACCCGUUCUCCUGGAGUCAGGAAAUAAUACAGUAAAAAAGAAGCAUUACAGAAAAACAACAAAUCUAGUUUUCCCACUGUGUGCUCUUAAGUCAGUUUAUCCUCAUUUGAAGACUAAAUGCCAGAACUCAAGAAAGGUGAUGGCUUUAAAGCUAUUGGAAAAAUUGACCUUUGUGGGGGUUUUUGCUGUCACUCAGGAUGCCAUAAAACACAACUCAUUCCUAUGCCCUGAAAAAAAACUUGAACAAGGAAACAUUGAGGAAGCAUUUGAAAAAGUCGAUCAAGUUGUGGAAGGAGAGGUCCAUGUUGGAGGACAGGAACAUUUUUACAUGGAAACACAAAGAGUGCUUGUUAUUCCAAAGACAGAGGACAAAGAACUGGACAUUUAUGUGUCAACACAGGAUCCAGCCCACGUGCAGAAAACAGUGUCCUCUACUUUAAACAUCCCCAUCAACAGGAUCACCUGUCAUGUAAAACGAGUGGGUGGAGGUUUUGGCGGGAAGGUAGGAAGACCAGCUAUACUCGGGGCAAUUGCAGCCGUAGGCGCUAUCAAAAUCACCUGGGGAGCAUUUACAUCCAAGUACCUAGAUGGCCUCAUAGUGACCCAGUCAUUGGUACUCUGCGUGGGCCAGAUCAUCUGUGCUGUGGUUGCAGAGACAGAUGUACAGGCGAAGCGAGCGAUUGAAAAGGUAAAAGUCAACUAUGAAGAUCUGGAGCCCGUAAUCUUCACCGUGGAGGUGGGAUUUAUGAACAACGGGCGAAUCAAAGCUCUAGAUAUUGAGUGCUUCAUUAACGGAGGGUGCACACUGGACGAUUCGGAGCAGGUUAUAGAAUUUCUUAUACUAAAGCUGGAAAAUGCGUAUAAAAUCCAAAACCUCAGGUUCCGGGGCCGUGCAUGCAUGACAAAUUUACCAUCCAAUACAGCCUUCCGCGGAUUUGGCUUCCCACAAGGAACCCUGGUAACAGAAGCUUGUAUCACAGCUGUGGCAGCCAAAUGUGGCCUUCUGCCAGAAAAGAUUAGGGAAAAAAACAUGUACAAAACUUUUGAUAAAACCAUCUACAAACAAGCAUUCAGCCCUGAGACCCUGAUAAGAUGUUGGAACGAAUGUCUGGACAAAUCUUCCUUUCAUAGCAGAAGAAUGCAAGUGGAAGAGUUUAAUAAGAAGAAUUAUUGGAAGAAGAAAGGCAUUGCUAUUAUCCCCAUGAAGUUUUCAGUCGGCUUUGCUGCAACAAGCUAUCAUCAGGCAGCUGCACUCGUUCAUAUCUACACUGAUGGAUCUGUAUUGGUCACACAUGGAGGCAAUGAACUGGGACAAGGUAUUCACACCAAAAUGCUACAGAACCAUGACUUCAUAUUUCUUAAUUCAAAUAUCUUAUUGCAUGUACUUUUCAAUGGGCUCUUCUCUGAUGGGAAUCCACUUCUUUUCUCCUUCAAGAAUGCUUGUCAGAUCCUUCUGAAACGUCUAGAGCCCAUCAUUAAGAAAAAUCCAGAAGGUACAUGGGAAGACUGGAUAGAAGCUGCUUUUGAACAAAGGCUCAGUCUUUCAGCCACUGGAUACUUCAGGGGCUACAAGGCCUUCAUGGACUGGGAGAAAGGGGAGGGUGACCCAUUUCCAUACUAUGUCUAUGGAGCAGCCUGCUCUGAGGUGGAAAUUGACUGCCUGACAGGAGCUCACAAGAAAAUCAGAACAGACAUCGUCAUGGAUGCGUGUUGCAGCCUAAAUCCAGCCAUUGAUAUUGGGCAGAUUGAAGGUUCGUUUAUUCAGGGGAUGGGCCUUUAUACCACCGAGGAGCUAAAAUAUUCCCCAGAAGGCGUCCUGUACUCUCGGGGCCCAGAUGAGUACAAAAUUCCAACCAUCACUGAUGUCCCAGUGGAGUUCAAUGUCUCCUUGUUGUCAUCAUCACACACCCCACUAACCAUCUAUUCAUCCAAGGGCCUGGGGGAGUCCGGGAUGUUCCUGGGGUCAUCUGUAUUCUUUGCCAUUGCUGAUGCUGUGGCCACAGCACGCAGAGAGAGAGACAUAGCCGAAGACUUCACAGUGCAGAGCCCGGCAACGCCAGAAUGGGUUCGAAUGGCCUGUGCAGAUCGGUUCACAGAGAUGAUCCCAAGAGAUGACCCUAAGACUUUCAAACCUUGGUCUAUCCCUAUAGCAUAGCACUGCUGUCAUUUCCUUAAAAGGUGUUUCAAUUUUUCAGAAGUGAAAAGAUGGCUUGUUAACCCUAAUUGGACUCCAAACCGAUAUGCUUAAUACUGUUGUGAAAAAAAAUGACACAAAAUUUAGAAACAUUAUUCAAGUCUAAUUACAUUAACAAGAUGAAUCAUUAUUUACAAAUUAUUUACUUAGACUUUCUAGCCUAGAGGUCACCAAACAAACCACUGCAGUAGUCCCAGCAAUCAAGUUGAAUACUGAUUUGUUUCUGAAGAUAUCAGGUAAAUAUUGCUGUAAAAGCAAAUUUUUCUUUUGUGUGUCCAUCCAGUCUAACUGGACUGGUAACACCGGUUACAAUCCUAGAAUGAAAGACACAUCUCAGUAAAUAAACAUGUGAUUACUUUUC